CCUAGAGGCGGGAGACGCCGCGGAAGAUCGACGUCUGCCCGGGUGGCCUGGGCGCCAGGAACCAUGACGGUGGUUUGGGGGGCUGCCCUCACCACACGGCUCUCUCGGAGAUUUCCCUAAACCAGGCCCUCGGUGGAACCGCCCUCAGUUAUUAUAGGAAAGAUGGGUGACAUUAACCUCAAAGAAAUAACCUUAAUAGUAGGUGUGGUUACUGCUUGCUAUUGGAACAGCCUGUUCUGUGGGUUUGUUUUUGAUGAUGUUUCAGCAAUACUGGAUAAUAAAGACUUGCAUCCAUCCACACCUUUAAAAACAUUGUUUCAGAAUGACUUCUGGGGAACCCCUAUGUCAGAGGAAAGAAGCCACAAGUCUUACCGACCCUUAACAGUGUUGACAUUUCGCUUGAAUUAUCUCUUUAGUGAACUAAAGCCAAUGUCAUAUCAUCUUUUAAAUACAAUUUUUCAUGCUGUAGUCAGUGUGAUAUUUCUUAAAGUCUGCAAACUUUUCCUGGACAACAGAAGCAGUGUGAUUGCUGCUUUGCUUUUUGCAGUACACCCAAUUCAUACAGAAGCAGUAACAGGUGUUGUUGGAAGAGCAGAACUUUUGUCAUCUAUCUUUUUUCUUGCUGCAUUUUUGUCAUACACCAAAUCAAAAGGACCAGAUAAUUCUAUAGUGUGGUCACCAAUAGCAUUGACAGUGUUUUUAGUGGCUGUUGCAACAUUGUGUAAAGAACAAGGAAUCACAGUUGUAGGAAUUUGCUGUGUGUAUGAAGUAUUUGUUGCGCAGGGGUAUACUUUGCCCUUAUUAGGUACUACUGCUGGACAGUUUCUCCGUGGAAAGAGUAGUAUUCCAUUUUCUAUGCUGCAGACUCUAAUAAAGCUCAUUGUCUUGAUGUUCAGUACAUUAUUACUUGUUGUGAUUAGAGUCCAGAUUAUUCAGUCCCAACUUCCAGUGUUUACAAGAUUUGAUAACCCAGCUGCUGUAAGCCCAACUCCUACCAGACAGCUAACUUUUAACUACCUUCUUCCAGUGAAUGCUUGGCUUUUAUUAAAUCCUUCAGAGCUCUGCUGUGAUUGGACCAUGGGAACAAUACCACUUAUAGAAUCGUUUCUGGAUAUUCGAAAUCUUGCGACUUUUGCUUUCUUUUGCUUUCUUGGGGCUUUGGGAAUAUUUAGUCUUCGAUACCCUGGUGAUUCUUCUAAGACUGUUCUAAUGGCACUUUGUUUAAUGGCAUUACCAUUUAUUCCUGCUUCGAACCUUUUUUUCCCUGUUGGAUUUGUUGUCGCUGAGCGAGUACUUUAUGUUCCUAGCAUGGGGUUUUGUAUUUUGGUAGCCCAUGGAUGGCAGAAAAUUUCAAACAAAAGUGUAUUUAAAAAGCUGUCCUGGAUUUGUUUAUCCCUUGUGAUACUAACUCAUUCAUUAAAAACACUCCACAGGAAUUGGGACUGGGAAUCUGAAUAUACUUUGUUUAUGUCAGCCUUAAAGGUAAAUAAAAAUAACGCUAAAUUGUGGAAUAAUGUGGGUCAUGCUCUGGAAAAUGAAAAGAACUUCGAAAGAGCUCUGAAAUACUUCUUACAGGCUACCCAUGUUCAGCCAGAUGAUAUUGGUGCCCACAUGAAUGUAGGAAGAACUUACAAAAAUUUAAAUAAAACCAGAGAAGCUGAAGAAUCUUACAUGAUGGCUAAAUCAUUAAUGCCUCAAAUUAUUCCUGGCAAAAAAUAUGCAGCCAGAAUUGCACCUAACCACUUAAAUGUUUAUAUCAACCUGGCCAACCUGAUCCGAGCAAAUGAAUCCCGUCUAGAAGAAGCAGAUCAGCUAUAUCGACAAGCAAUAAGCAUGAGGCCUGACUUCAAGCAGGCUUACAUCAGCAGGGGAGAAUUGCUUUUAAAGAUGAAUAAGCCUCUCAAAGCAAAGGAAGCCUAUCUUAAAGCACUGGAGCUAGACAGAAAUAAUGCAGAUCUUUGGUAUAACUUGGCAAUUGUCUAUAUUGAACUUAAAGAACCAAAUGAAGCUCUAAAGAACUUUAAUCAUGCAUUGGAACUAAAUCCAAAGCAUAAGCUAGCACUAUUCAAUUCUGCUAUAUUAAUGCAAGAAUCAGGUGAAGUUAAACUUAGACCUGAAGCUAGAAAACGUCUUCUACACUAUAUAAAUGAAGAGCCCCAAGAUGCUAAUGGAUAUUUCAACUUGGGAAUGCUUGCCAUGGAUGACAAAAAAGACAGUGAGGCAGAGAUUUGGAUGAAGAAAGCCAUAAAAUUGCAAGCUGAUUUCAGAAGUGCUUUGUUUAAUCUUGCUCUUUUGUAUUCCCAAACUGCAAAGGAAUUGAAGGCACUGCCAAUUUUAGAAGAAUUACUCAGAUACUACCCUGAUCAUAUCAAGGGACUUAUUUUAAAAGGAGACAUUCUGAUGAAUCAAAAAAAAGAUAUACUUGGAGCAAAAAAAUGUUUUGAAAAGAUUUUGGAGAUGGAUCCAAACAACGUACAAGGAAAACACAAUCUUUGUGUUGUUUAUUUUGAGGAAAAGGACUUACUAAAAGCUGAAAAAUGCCUGGUUGAAACAUUGGCGUUAGCGCCACAUGAGGAAUAUAUUCAGCGUCACUUGAGUAUUGUCAGGGAUAAAAUUGCCUCAUCUGGUUUUGUAGAACAGCCAGGAUUCCCAGAUGAAAAGACAUCAGAAGAAGAGACAGACAAAAUUCCAGUUGAACAUGAGAAAGAAAUCAAAAGUGAAUCUACACCAGCACAGAUAAUAAAAACAAGUGAUAAUAAAAGUCACUCUAAAUCUAACAAACAAUUAGCAAAAAAUUCAGACAAAGAGGUCCCCCACAAAACAACAAAAGACAUCAAAGAAAUUGAGAAGAAAAGAGUUGCUGCUUUAAAAAGACUAGAAGAAAUUGAACGUAUUUUAAAUGGAGAAUAACAUCAUUCUUUCCUCAUAUGACAAUGGCAUCAGAGAACUUCUGUCUAUGUCAUGUGAUUGCAGGGAUCUUUCAGAAGCGUCAAGGACAUAUAGCAGUCUUGUAAGCUGCCUCUUCAUAGGAUCUAAAUAAGAUUUCGUUAAAGAACUGUCUCAACUGAGGAUACCUAUUAUAUAAGACAGAGCAAAGGAUUUGCAUUUGGAUGUAUGAAUAUUGCAGAAAUACUAAAUUAAGGUGAUAAUUUUGAAACUUUUAUUAUGAAAGGGAGGAUUGUUUUUUCCUUGCAGCCUAUUUACUACUCCAAAUUAAAUAAUUUGAGGGCUGAGUGGUGAUCUCUUGAAGACAUAUCUAACAUAUUGGCUUAUUCUGUAAAUCCAUUAGCCAACUUCAUUUUUCCUUUACCUCUUGAAUACCGGUGAUGGUUUGAACAUACUUAUUGAAUGCAUUCUUUUUUUCCUUAGUAAUUCUUCUGGAAAAAUGAAGAAAUUUUGCACUAUGAAGGAAUAUUAAUUUCUUUAUAGUGUGUUCUUCGGAAGCUUUGUAGAGAGGAUGCUGGAUAAGACAUUUUAAAAUAAUCAUGACAUGUUAGCUUAAGAAUGUAUUUUUCAUAAUUCCAUACAUAUCUUUACUCAGAAAUGCAAAUUUUAAGCAGGUAAAGUUUUAUACACACACACGUUUCUAAUGGUGCUCACAAAUAUUGUCUUUCUUUUUUGCAUUGAGAGUAUCACAAGUUAAGGUACAUAUUCAUGACUAUUCUUUGAAGCUUUCACUCCCCAAACUUCUGUUUCUUACUAAGAAGUAAGAAAUCAUGGAAGUGGCACUGUGGCUCAAGUGGUAGAGCGCUCACCUUGAGCUAAAGAGCUGAGGGAUAGCACCCAGGCACAGAGUUCAAGGCCCCAUGACCUAUCAAAAAAAAAAAACUGUUGAGAAAAGAAAUCAUGUUACUCUAUCUGGUCUUAUUUAAAUUUUUUUUUCCAAAGUCACAUUUUAACCAUUCUGAUAUAAGUAACCUACUAUAUUCAGUACUGUUUAACUGAGAAAGAACAUUAUAAAAGUUUAUAUUUAAACACUAAAUUCUUGAUAUCUUGUGGUGGAUAUUUUUAGUAAAUACUUAACUUUGACUACUGAACAUUAAUAAAAAUUUUAAAGCUAUUUUAAUUCUAGGAUAUUUUCCUAUUUGUGCAUAUAUUGUAGCUUAAGCAAAAUUGGAUUGUUUUGGCCUGCUGUCAAGUUAUAAAGAUUACUAACCUAAUAUAGGGUUAAUCUGUCCUGUGGUUAUGGCAAUUUUAAACAUAAAAAAUAUCUUAGACUACAAGUAGAUGCAAAGUCUUACUAUUUUAAAAUCUCGUUUUUUCCUUAAAGUACAUUUUCAAUGAGCUUUAUACCAUAGCAUCUAAUAAAUUUGGUUUUAAUUUUAAAUGUUAAAGCUCAAGGUAUCAUUCUGGGUUAGUAACUAAUUUAUAAUUAUGUAGAGCUUCAAAAACUAUUUUUUUAGUUCCUUUGAGAUAAUUCCUUUCUAAUUAUGUAGUCUGAGAAAGCAUAUUCCUGUAAUUUUUUUAAGAAAUGUUCUAUAAAUAGGUCACAAGAAACAGUCUGCACUAAAGUCCCACCCUUAUUAGGUUCCCACAGGAUCUGGCAUAGAUUUUUUUUUUUCUUUUCUAAGGUAGUUUAAAGCAUGCACUGAUACCACUGGGUAUUAAUUCUCAACCCAGGAGAUUCUGUUAAACAUCAAAGCAAUAUCUAAUUCCAGUUCAUAGAUUAUAACUUUGUGAUUUCAGAUUUAAGGUGAAGAAUACCUCAUAUACUAUGACUUGAAAACUAUGUUAUUCUUAUGUUUUGUCCAUAUAUCUUGAGGAAAAGUCUCCAGAGUGAUCUCUAAAGCUAUAAUUUCACAUGGAGAUCAGUUUAGUAAAGUAAAAGGAAAUCUUUUUAGUAGCGAAGAUACUAAUAAAAGCUUGGGUAAUACUUUAAUAAGUUUAAGUAAAUGAUUUAAAUGAUGGAAAGUAUAUUACUAUUACCUAGUAAUAACAAUAGAUAAACUUUUGAAAUUUGUAAUAUAACCUAAUUAACAUUUGGUUUAAGUUCCACUUAGGAAUUGUGUUCUGAGAACUAGUAUUUAUUUCUUAAAGGUUGAGUUCAGUCACGUUUACUAUGUGUAAUAUUUUAUUAUCUACAAAAAAUAGCUAGAUGAGAGAAGGUAAUGGAUUUUUUUUUCCUCUGACAUUUUGAAGAGAUAGGUAUGGGGACAUUCAAGCUUUGCUCACUAACUCAUGGUUCUGAACUAUGAACAUUAAAUUUAGAGAAGAAAAUAUAUUGCAGGUUUGUGCUGGUAAGUGGAUAGAGUUUCAUUCUCAUUGUUUUCAAAAAUCUACUCUCCAGGAGUUCUAGUAAAGCUUUGACAAUCCCCUAGGAGUGAUGUUACUCCUUCACUACUUCUCCAAAGGUAGAAUUAAAUUCUUGAAUUACUUUGUAUGUUUAUAUUCCUUAUUAACACUAGAAUUUGGAAGUUUGUGGUUAUUCCAGUAAGUAUGUUCUUUUGGGAAACUAAAGACAUGUACCUCUAUGCCCAGAUAUCAUUGAAUAAUUUUCUAAAGUUACUGACUUAGAAUAAAUGGUUGUUUUGUAGUUUUAUGUUCAUUAUUAAUGUAAAUAUUCAGUGUGUGAAUUAUACUAUUCUAAUAAAACCUCAUGCCUUUUCAUUGUAUAUAAUUUGAGCUCUCAAUUUCAUGUUAUGGAAUGUUUCUUUAAAAUGCUUUAAUGAAAAUAUUGAUACUUUAGAUUUCUAUGUCAAUUUAAACAUCAGAAAUCCAUAUAUUUGUCAUAUUUAUUUUUCUACACAAAAGCUAACCGCAUGAUUAAAUGGUAUUUAAAAUGACCCUUUCCCCAAUAUCUGAUAAUGGAGUCAAAAGUUUUAUGUAUUGGAAGCUGUCAGCCAUCUGUGUUAAGGGUUCGUAGAGUGGCUUAAAAUUGUAUGCAUUUUGUUGUAUUAUGAUGUCUGUGUGUACCAUAUGUCUAACUACUCAAUAUUAAAUUGAUACGUUUUUAAAAUCUUAACCUAAUUUGCCUUUUAGUCCUAAAAUAAGGGGAGGGGGAGGAAAGAGAGUAAAAAAAGUGAUUUCCACCUCCACAAAGAAAGAAACCAGCACAUAAAUUAUUAGCAGUAAUCCAACAAAGGCGUAAUAUAAGUUAGACUCUGGCAGUGAUAAAUUUUAAACUUAAUGAUUAAAACUACACUAAGAAAAUGAAACAGUUAAUUCAAACUUAGGACUUAAUUAAGGUUUAAAUUCUGCAUGUACUCGAAUUCAAAUCCAGAAUGUCACCUCUGUUUAGAAGAUAUGGUACAUUGUUAACCUGUACUCAAUUUUCUCAUCUACAAGUUUGGGGAAAAUCUUUAAUAUAUUUAUCUUAUGCAUUAAUAUACUUUACAUAAGUGCUUUGAGCAGGUUCUAGCUCAUAGUAAUGUUCAUUGUUAACAUAAAUAUGAACUUAAAAUCUAUACAUUUGAUGCAUAUGAUUUGAUUUAUAUGUAUACAAACAGGAAUAAUCAUAGCAAACAAAUGAUUAGAGGUCAAAUAUUAAUGGUUGUACAUACAUACAUAAAAUGUAUUUAGGAUUAAGUUAAAAGUAAAUACAUAAACACUAAAGAACUUUAAAAUUGUACUGCCUUGCUAUAUAGUCUCAUCACAAAGGUAGCAUAAGAAAUGUUCGAUUUUCUCAAGGCUAGAUCUCAGGCAAACUCACAUUCUUUGUAGCUCACUUUUUUUAAACACUUACUGUCAUUGCAUUUACUGUCAUUGCAUUACAUAGCAUUUAUGUUCUAAAAGAACCUGAUGCCUUCAUGUUUCUGCUUUGAAUAAAACAACCUUCAAAAAUCA